AUUCACUCACAUGGAAGAAGUGAACCUUCAGCAGCACAUUGAGAAGGUUCACCCAGAGGAGUACAGCAGGAUUCUGGGAUCUGGAGGAAAUGGAGCAGAGAACCCACUGCCUCCCAGCAGCACCCCACAGAACCCCACACCCCGUAAGACACUCCCCACCCCGACACAGUCCCACACAGGCACCCCAGGGGCCCACACAUGCCCCCAGUGUGGGAGGAGUUUCAGAUAUCAAUCAGCCCUGAGACGACACCAAAGAACCCAUACAGGGGAAUAUGCAUACCACUGCUCCCAGUAUGGAAAAAGUUUCACUCAAUCAAGUCUUCUGAAAAAACACCAGCAAAUUGAUACAGAAGAGCGCCCAUACGAGUGUUCCCAGUGUUCAAAGAGAUUUAGAACUGCAACAGACUUGAAAAUUCAUCAGAGAACUCAUACAGGGGAGCGACCAUACCAAUGCUCCCAGUGUGGGAAGAGUUUCUGUAUUUCAGGUAAUCUGAGACAACACCAGAGAAUUCAUACAGGAGAGCGCCCAUACCACUGCUCCCAGUGUGGGAAGAGCUUCAUUCAGUCAGAUGGUCUAAUACGGCACCAGCGAACUCAUACAGGGGAGCGGCCAUACCGCUGCUCGCAGUGUGGGAAGAGCUUCAGUCAGUCAUUUACUCUAAUACAGCACCAGCGAACUCAUACAGGGGAGCGCCCAUACCUCUGCUCCCAGUGUGGGAAGAGUUUUCGUAAUUCAGGUAAUCUGACACAACAUCAGAAAAUUCAUACAGGAGAGCACCCAUACCAGUGCUCCCAGUGUGGGAAGAGUUUUCGUCAUUUAGGUAAUAUGAGACGACACCACCAACGAACUCAUACAGGAGAGCGUCCAUACCAGUGCUCCCAGUGUGGGAAGUUUUUUCGUCAUUUAGGUAAUAUGAGACGACACCACCAACGAACUCAUACAGGAGAGCGUCCAUACCCCUGCUCCCAGUGUGGGAAGAGUUUCGUUCAGGAAAUCCUUCUAAUACAGCACCAGCAAACUCAUACAGGAGAUAGCUCCUAUGAUUGCUCUUAGUGUGGGAAGCAGUUUGGAUGUAAAGCAUACAUGACACAACACCAGCAAACCCAUACAAGGGAGCCCCCUAACCACUGUUCCUAAUGUGGUAGGAGGCACAGUAUUAUUUUUGAGAAAGUCUGGUCCUAGUGAGGUGAGAGGGGAAAAAAGAAAAUGACAUCAGAUGGACUCC